UGUUGUCCCGUCCCAUCCGAGCAAAGCAAACCAGUCCCACAGGCGAAAACUAGCUCCUGUGACAAACAAACCCAGUCGAUGACGAUGACGAUGAGGCCGUCGUCGACCGCUCGCCUCCUGGCCGCCGCGGCGCUCGCGCUCAGCUGCCUCGUCGGCGGCGCCCGCGCGACGGUGGUGACGACGUGCAGGGCGGCGGCCGACAGCGUCGCGCGCGUGGACUACGGCUUCUGCGUGGCGGAGCUGGGCAAGCACCGCGAGAGCCCCGACGCCGACACCUGGGGCCUCGCCAAGGUGGCCGCCCUGACGGGCAUCGUCAACGCCGACGACGCGGUCUACGACAUCGGGGCCAUGCUGGCCAAGCCUGGGCGCGCGGACGCCCCGACGCGCGCGGCGCUGGGGCAGUGCCAGAAGCUCUACAACGCCUUGGGGUUCGCGUUCGCGGAGGCCUACGACCAGAUCAACAACCGAGACUACGCCGCCGGGAAGGGGAAGGCCGCGGAGGUUGUCGCGCUCACGCACAAGUGCGACGACGUGCUUGCCAAGGCCGGUGCCGUCCCGUCGCCGCUCGCGCAGCGCAGCUCCUACUCCGUGCAGAUCGCCAUCAUCUGCACGGCCAUCACCAACCUCAUCAAGUGAAGUGUAGUGCGUCCAAAACACGGUCGAUUGAGUUGACAGCACUUGAAGCUUGUACCUUGGAAAACUUGAGAAAAUAAACUGGUCUUUUAGAAUU